AUGGAAGAAGAAGAAAUAGGUCCAAGAUGGUACAAACUGCUCGCAAAGUCUCAAAAAACGUAUUUACUAUUGUAUUUGAUUACGAAUGCAAACUUAUCAGAGGCUAAAUUUGUAUAUGGCACUUUGUCAUUGACAUUGGAGAACUGGCUGUCUCUGUUAGUUAAGUUCUUACCAGAAACAACCCAACCUGCUGUCUAUAUCCCUUAUAUAGAUGUUGAGAAUGAUCAGGGAGAAGUUUGUAAUACGUUGGAUGUGGCUUCCACUGUGAAACUUCCUUCAGACAAGCUAUGUCAAUAUCGUUUGAAACGAAUGGGACUUUGGGAAAGCAGCCUUCCCUCAAUUCAGAAUGUUUCCCAGUUUUACUCUAUUUUUUCUAGAAAAAUUGUUGAAGAAACAAAUCAGGUGCAGUUAGCUUACUUAUUAAUGAAAAGCUCGCAAGCGCCUUCUGAAAUCAGAGAAUGGAGCAGCGGGCGUUUCGAAGUAUUUCACCGUCUUUCACAAUUCACUUCCGUUCCCGUUGAUUUGGAUGAAAUGGAGAAAGCUUCCAUUCGUGAUGUUAUUUCUCUUUCUUUUCCUAUUUUAAGCUCUGAAAACUGUGUUGCAAUAAUGAGCGGUGUCAUCCUCCCUUUUGUUUUGGCUACCGAAUCUGAAUCUGAAGGCUCACAGGACAGUUGGUCGUAUGUAUGGGAGAAACUACUUCAGUUAGUUAAAACGGAUGGCUUGGAGAUACUACAUGAGCUAAUUAUUCACUGGAAUAUUGACGAUACCAAGCUUAAGUUAGUAUUGAUGAAAGUUGCUUUAUCUUCCCUUUAUAUCUCCAACGAAACGACAUCGACCGCUUUGUCUCUAGGAAAACAAAUGCUUGCAAAUAUACAGGAAAAGUUAAAACUCUCUCCUGCCCCGUACGAUAAUCUUUUGAAAGGACCUAUAGAAAACUCUAUAUACUUUUUCUUAUCCAACGAUACUGAUCUUACGAAUCCAACUAGCGAGUCUGUUACUUUAUUAAGUCGUAUCAUUGAUGCUAUUCCAAUUCUCAAAAGCGCUAAUGUGUUUCCCGUUCCAAGUGUGCGAGCUUGUUUGAACCUAUCCAAUUUAGAAAGGGCAUCACAGGAAACAUUCCUCCAAAAGUAUAUCUCUAGUUCUCUGGGCGAAUCGGGGACUGCCAGCUACAAUGAUUGGAACAGUGUCUUUUCUGUCACGUUCUCCUGGAAGAGUCAACAUCUAUUUUUUAAUAAAAUAGAAUCAAGAGACAUUUCUUUGAUAUUUCUAAAAAUGUUACUAUCUAUAUCAAAUUUUAAAGUUUUAGACAAGAUGAAGGAUCAAUUAGCUUUACCUGAUAUUCAUCCGGAUAUUCUUCAAAGUUGUAUGGAAACUAGCUUUUAUGAAAAUUUCCGAGCCGCUUCUAGUAUGAACAAAAGUCGCGGCAAGUUAAAAACUGCUAGUCAAGUUCUGGAUGUGUUUGAUGAAUGCAGUAGCCUUACUACAACUCGUCGGCGUCUUAAUGCCCUUAUCAACACCGUUGAUUUAAUUAAGCAAUAUCGUUUUCUAAUAGAAAAGGGAAAGCCGCUAUCGCCUAAGCAAAUAGAGGAUAACUUGGAUCCUGAUAAAUUGUUAGACUUCAUUCUAACUCAAGAUGAACAUUCAUAUCAGCAAGCCGAUGAGCUUAUGGCUCUCACGAUUGAAAUUUACAAAGCUUGUGGAAAAUUCAAUUACAAGGAUGCUAUAACCCAACUUCGCCAAAUUACCGAGCAAGUUGUGAAUCGAUGUGUAGAUGCCGCAUUGGUCAAAAGCGACUUGAUUAUGGCAAAGCAACUAGUUGAAGACAGACUUGUUACAUUAGCGGAAUCUAGCGCUGGUAUGCGAGAAACCAUUUACAAAACUUGUUAUAAAAUUGGGAAAACUCCACUAAACGAUUAUCUUUCACGUGAAAUAAGACUUGAGAUGCUUCAACUUGCCAUUGCCAAUGCUCCAAAAGAAAAACUUAAUGAUGUUGUUAAUUACUGGACAGAAUUCGAGUCAAAUAAGGACAAAGAUGAAACAGAGAGUGACUUGGAUGCUGAUGCUUUUCCAGAACUUAACGAACCUGUUAAUCACGAAGAAUUACAUGAAGAUGGAGACGAAUAUGACUUUGACAAGGAGUGGUCUCUUGCUGCAGCCGAAGUAGAUGCGCCCGCGAAAGACGGUGUCGAUGUAAAUUAUGAUGAAUCCGAUCCCCCAGUCCAUCCCGACCAAGAGUUUUCACAUAACGAUGAAGAAGAUAUAGCCAAAAAGGUCACUAGUUCAUUUGCCAAUGGUUUAGGAUGGGUCUUAGGCGUUCCUCAAGAUUGA